UAUACAACCUGUCUACAGAGCCUCAUGUUUUUUGCAUGGCUGUACAAGCUGGUUGUGCUGCACAUGCACUUCUCCUCAAAAAGCAAUUUUUUCUGUUGCCCUGAGAAAGUUGGAGAAACACAAUGAAAAUAUUGCUAAAAAAGUGUAAAGUCCUUGACUAAGAGAAAAUAAGAGUUACUUGAACAGCUUCAGGAGCAUUAGCUCUUUGUCACAAUCUAUUGCAAAAUUGAAGGAAUAAAAAUAGUAAGAAAGAGGAAAUCAAAGAAGUACAAUGAAAUGAAAACAGUGAAGCAAUCAGUCAUCUUCUUACUGGUGAAGUUUUAAUAUUAAAAUUUCAAACAGUUGGCCUGCAGUGGCAAUAAUCCAACAAAAUAUUUAAUUAGCUUUUGAUACAAAGUCAAAUGCAUUACGUAUCACCACAUAAUUUGUUAGCUAAGCUCUUUUUAACAGAAGCAUGUAUAAUUUUUAGCUCUUUUAGUGUGGAACACCUCAGAUAAUGAUCAUCUCCAUGCUUCCAGUGGCCGCACCUGACCUCCUUGACCCAAAGGCUGCCGUCCACAAUUCCAAGCCUCGCCUGUCCUUCUCCACAAAACCAGUGGUGCUGAACACUCCCGAGGAUGAGUGCGACACCCGGACCACAGUCAUGAGGUGGAAAACUGUUUCGGCCAUUUUCUUCCUGGUGGUGCUGUACCUCAUCAUUGGGGCAACAGUGUUCCAGGCUCUGGAGCAGCCUCACGAAAGCUACCAGAAAUCGGUCAUUCUGAAAGAGAAACUGGAGUUCUUGGCCUUGCACAGCUGCAUAAAUUCAACGGAGCUGGAGGAUCUUGUCAAGCAAGUGGUUUCGGCAGUUCGUGCUGGAGUGAAUCCAUCAGGAAAUUUGUCCAAUCAGACGAGCCUGUGGGACCUCAGUUCCUCCUUCUUCUUUGCCGGGACUGUUAUCACCACAAUCGGAUUUGGGAACAUCUCUCCCCACACAGAAGGAGGACGUAUCUUCUGCAUCCUCUACGCUCUGCUGGGCAUUCCCCUGUUUGGAUUCCUGUUGGCCGGUGUUGGCGACCAGUUGGGAACUAUUUUUGGGAAGGGCAUCGCCAAAGUCGAGAAGAUGAUUGUGAAGUGGAAAGUCAGCCAGACAAAGAUCCGUGUCAUCUCCACCCUGCUCUUCAUCUUAUUCGGGUGCCUCAUCUUCGUGGCCCUGCCAGCUGUCAUUUUCAAACACAUCGAAGGCUGGAGCACGCUCGAGUCCAUCUACUUUGUCGUCAUCACCCUCACCACCAUUGGCUUCGGAGACUUCGUGGCCGGAGAAAAAGGUCAUCUGACCGAGGGUGGUUCAGAGAAUCUCGAGUACCUCGACUACUACAAGCCGGUGGUGUGGUUCUGGAUCCUGGUGGGCUUGGCGUACUUUGCAGCAGUGCUCAGCAUGAUUGGAGACUGGUUCAGAGUCAUCUCUAAGAAAACUAAAGAGGAGGUCGGGGAGUUUCGUGCCCAUGCUGCUGAGUGGACGGCAAAUGUUUCAGCAGAGUUCAAAGAGACCCGCAGGCGACUUAGUGUCGACAUCUAUGAUAGGUUCCAGCGGGCCGCGUCCAUCAAGCGCAAGCUGUCGUCCGAGCUUGGAAUUAACGCCACCAUGAACCAGGAGAUGACCCCUGGGAAGAGGACGCUGUCAGCCAACCUGUGCGAGGACAAAGACACGUACCCCUCCUUGACGCUUUCUCUAAGUCCCGUCCCAGGGGCUCUCACCAGGAACGGCAGCUUGUAUCUGAACGGCCUCAGUCCAGAUUACGCUGAUCGACAGGAAAUUGCCAUAAUCGAAAACCUCAAAUGAGUAUCAGUACAAUGAAGGAGAUUCACCGUAUUGAGCAUUGCAGCUGUGAGACUGAAAACAAACUCGAGGCUUCAAUGAUCAUUGACUGAUGCCAGACAUUGAUGAG